AUGGCAAUAGGAAAAGAAUUAGUAAUAAUGAAAUCAAACUAAAAAAGAAAAGGUUUCCUUUGUAAUCGCUUUAUUUGGAUUCUAAAUUCAACCUUUAUAGAAGGUAGAUAACUUUAGACAUAAAAUAUUCUCUAAGUCAUGAUUAACUUGAUUAAAAGUUAUAUAUAGAUAUUAUCAAGGAGAUGA